CUGGAUUUAGGACAAACUGGGCCCUGCUUCUUCGUCGAUGAUUUUCGAUGACAGAAGAAGGGCAAUGCUUCACUGCUGUCAUCAGCAGAACCCCCUCAUCCAACCUGGGUGUCGAUGUCACCUACAGAUCUUGGACAGGGGAUGGAGUCUUUAUCACCAAGGUCUUCGAGGUGCUGUUUUUAUCGCCCAUUUUUUUCCCAUCGUUUUUUGUGGGUCUGCUGCCCGGCUGCCAGGACGGCCUGGUUGCUGAUUGGAAUUCCAAGAAUGAUCCCUUCAAGCACAUCUGUGCGGGCGACUUCAUUUUUCAGGUGAAUAGCGUCUCUGGAGACACCGUGGCUAUGAUCAAGGAGUUGAAGUUCAAGACCGAGCUCACCAUCCACAUCCGGAAAAGGUGUGGACAGGAGAUUCCGCCGAUGACUCCCCCACCGAAGGCGCCAGAAGCUGCAAGGGAAACAGCCCGGAACCGCGUGGUGAAACCGCAGUUGGAGGCCAUUCUGUCUGAGAUGAACGCCAUCAGCGAUGAGGAACUCGCCGGCUUGAUCUGUGUGGCCAUGGAACGGCGACCGUGGCUACUCCCCUCGGUACUUGGCAACAAUGGUGAUGCGUGAGACUGAUCCCAUUGGGGAAAA